GUCCUCAAGGAAGGAAAAAAGAAUUACAGAUAAUUAGCUGCUCAUGUUUCUCUUAUCCUUGUUCCUUCUCUCUCCCUAAAUUUUCUUUUGUAUUCUUCAUAAUCUUAUUCAUAUUCUUAUCAAUCUCAAACUGUAAUUCUCUUUGUUUUAAGGUAAUUGUCUUCUUGUUCACAUUCUUGUCGUCUCGUCAAUUAUGAUAAAACUGUUAAUAGUACCUUUUUUUUCCUUUUGUAAACCAAUUCAUUAAUGCACAUUUUUAGUACCCUUUUUCUCACAGAGCAAAAGCUUCCGAUCCCUCUAUUGUGAUAUUUUUUUUCCUAAUAAAUAUAACAAGGGGUACAAUACAAUUAUAUUCCUAUUCUUAUUUCCCUUUAUUCUUCAACAUCAUAAUCCAUAAUUCCUUCAUUCCCGCAUAAAUUCUUAUUUGAUUCCCUUCUUUCUUCAUUUUCUUCCAUCAAAUCAAUAUGGGUUGUGCAACUUCAAAGCCAAAAGUAUGCCAAAAUUGCCACACGCCAUAUUCCCCUGUACGCAGAAGUUGCUCAAUGUACAUACCGAAAAAGAAAGAUAUUAAUGACGACAGUGAACAACAACAACAACAUAUGGUGAAUCUCACAUCAUCCACAUUAGGAUCAUUGAAACUUGAUUCAAUGAACCUGAGCCAAAGUCUCAGAAAUGAUCACUUUGCAUUCGAAAUCGAUGACUACAAUGCGGAAAAAGAUGAAUUGUUGAUUGAGGCAAGAACAUGGUCACAAAUGAUCAAUGACAAAAUCCCAAAAGUAGUAGUAGUUCCUAUGACACCAGUUAGAACCCCACCAGGUGAGCCAGAAACUAUUAAUGCCUGGGAAUUAAUGGAAGGUCUUGAAGAUAUUACUCCUCUUAAACCUUCAGCCCAUCAUCACGAACAUAGUUUCUCUUUCCCUGUUUCUCCCAAUACUAAUGAAAAUGCCGAUGAGUCGCCAAAAAUGGCUGAUAAUGAAUCUAGCUUACAUUCAAAUGGCACAUCUAUAGUGUCUGAUUUUGAUCCUGAAGUGAUUUCCACAUUCAGAAAAGCACUUGAAGAGCUUCCACCAGCUAACCCUUUUCAUCUAAAGCCAUUAGUCAUCGAAAACACGCAGGGAUCGGAUGAUGAGGCUGAGUCAGUAAGCAAUUCAAACAGGGAAAAUGUUGAAGUGAUAACAGAGUAUAAAUUGGUGGUGCCUCAUGAGAAAGACAAAUUGGUUAUUUACUUCACGAGCCUAAGAGGGGUGAGGAAAACAUACGAGGAUUGCUGUCACGUUCGUGUGAUUCUGAAGGGACUAGGCGUUAAGGUUGACGAGAGAGAUGUUUCAAUGCAUUCAGGAUUCAAGGAGGAGUUGAAAGAAUUAUUGGGAAAUGAAUAUGCUGGAAGGGGAUUACCAAGGGUGUUCAUGGGGAAAAAGUACGUUGGUGGGGCUGAUGAAAUAGGGAGAAUGAACGAGGAUGGGAAGCUCGAGAAUUUAGUAGAAAAUUGCGAACGAAUAGAGGAUGGUGGUAGUGUUGUUGGAAAUGGAGUUUGUGAGGCCUGUGGAGAUAUUAGGUUUAUUCCAUGUGAGACAUGUUCGGGGAGUUGUAAAAUCUACUAUGAAGCAGAAUACGGCGAAUUGGAACUUGAGGAAGAUGAAUAUGGCUUCCAAAGAUGCCCGGAUUGUAAUGAGAAUGGACUUAUACGAUGUCCAAUUUGUUGCGAUUAAGGUUCAUCAAAAUUUUCUUGUUUCUUUCCUCUCAUUUUUUUUCUUUUCUUGUAAAUUGUUUUGAUAACAUAAUUGUUGUAUAGUAAGGAGUUUUUAUUUGUGCUAGGAAGAUAACGUAGUUUUCAGUAUGAUAAACCAGAAUCCUGUUUUCAUGCUCUAGAUCCUGUAAUACAUUCCCAAUUAGUAUUAACACGCAUACUAAUACUGAUACUACAACAUACUCUCUAUGUUUCAGGUG